UUUGUUCCGCAGCAGCAGCUGGAGCUUCAGCACAAGGGGCAGAGUCUGCCAGCAGGGCAUGAGCUGCCAUCAGCCGGAGGGAAAGACCACGGUGGGAGAAGAGAAGAGGCAGGAGAAGACGAGAGACAGUGAGGAACAAUCGGACCUCAUCACAUCUUGUGGGGAAUCUGUGGAAGAAAAUUAUCUGGAAUAAACCGCAGCUCCUUUUUUGUUGUUGUUGUUGUUUGUUUUAAUCCAUCUCAGCCAAACACUGCUGGAAAAAAGGUUGUGUUUAAAUUACUUCAGCUAAUUCUUGCUGCUUCCACUAAGAAGAAAAUCUGUUUGCCAUGGUGAAAGAAAAAGUGGCCCAUCCUCAGGACCCUCACCACCCCUCUGAAAAGCCGGUUAUCCACUGCCAUAAGUGCGGGGAGCCAUGUAAAGGUGAAGUACUCCGUGUUCAGGCCAGACACUUCCACAUCAAAUGCUUCACCUGCAAAGUGUGUGGCUGUGAUUUGGCACAAGGAGGCUUUUUCAUCAAGAACGGGGAGUAUCUGUGCACCUUGGAUUACCAGCGCAUGUACGGCACCCGCUGCAACGGCUGUGGGGAGUUCGUGGAAGGUGAAGUAGUGACAGCUCUGGGAAAAACUUACCAUCCAAGCUGCUUUGCCUGUACUGUUUGCAAGCGUCCAUUUCCACCGGGCGAUCGAGUUACCUUUAAUGGAAGGGACUGUCUCUGUCAGAUGUGUGCUCAGCCAAUGUCCUCCAGUCCAAAAGAGCUGUGUGCCUCAAGCAAUUGUGCUGGCUGUGGAAGAGACAUAAAGAAUGGACAAGCAUUGCUAGCUCUGGAUAAGCAGUGGCACCUGGGGUGCUUUAAGUGCAAGGCCUGUGGGAAGGUCCUAACUGGGGAAUACAUCAGCAAAGAUGGCUCUCCUUAUUGUGAAAAGGACUAUCAAGUUCUUUUUGGAGUCAAAUGUGAAGCGUGUCACCAGUUCAUUACUGGGAAAGUCCUAGAGGCAGGUGACAAGCAUUAUCAUCCAAGCUGUGCACGAUGCAGCAGGUGCAACCAAAUGUUCACAGAAGGAGAAGAAAUGUACCUGCAAGGUUCCACUGUCUGGCAUCCCGACUGUAAGCAAUCCACUAAGACUGAAGAUAAGCUACGGCAUUCCUCAUCUGAGUUCUUUUAUCCAAAGAGUCUGGUUCUUCGCAGGCCACGCUCUGCAGAGCCUACAAGAGCAUCAUCAGAAAGCAUUUAUUCCAGACCAGGUUCCAGUAUACCUGGCUCUCCAGGCCACACUAUCUAUGCAAAAGUAGACAAUGAAAUCCUUGAUUACAAGGAUUUAGCAGCCAUUCCCAAAGUCAAGGCCAUUUAUGACAUUGAACGUCCAGACCUAAUUACUUAUGAGCCAUUCUACACUUCCGCCUACGAGGACAGACAGGAGAGACAGAGUCUUGGAGAGUCUCCGAGGACAUUAUCACCGACACCUUCUGCAGAAGGUUAUCAAGAUGUUCGGGAUCGCAUGAUUCACAGGUCUACCAGUCAGGGCUCCAUUAAUUCUCCAGUGUACAGUCGUCACAGCUACACACCCACCAUGUCACGUUCCCCUCAGCAUUUCCACAGACCUGGCAAUGAGCCGUCCAGCGGUCGGAACUCCCCUGUCCCCUAUCGGCCCGACAGCCGCCCUCUCACUCCAACUUACGCUCAGGCCCCUAAACAUUUCCAUGUUCCAGAUCAAGGUGUCAACAUUUACAGAAAACCACCGAUCUACAAACAACAUGAUGCAGCUGCUUUGGCAGCACAGAGCAAGUCCUCCGAGGAUAUCAUCAAGUCCUCCAAGUUCCCAGCAGCACAUGCACCAGCACCCAACGAGAUACCAAAGAUUGAGACAGACCACUGGCCAGGUCCUCCCUCCCUUGCGGCCAUAGGAGCUGACAUGAGACGCAGAUCAAGUGGAAGAGAGGAAGAUGAUGAGGAGCUACAGAGACGCCGGCAACUGCAGGAGGAGCAGCUCAUGAAGCUCAACUCUGGUCUGGGACAAUUGAUAUUGAAAGAAGAGAUGGAAAAGGAGAGUCGCGAUAGGUCAGCCCUUUCUGCCAGUCGUUACGAUUCUCCAGCACAUGCUUCAGCCUCCAAAACCUCUUCUCUCCCUGGCUAUGGAAAAAAUGGACUUCACAGGCCGGUGUCUACAGAUUUUGGUCAGUACAACAGUUAUGGAGAUGUGAGUGGUGGUGUUAGAGAUUUCCAGUCCCUUCCGGAUGGUCAUGUCCCUGGAAUGAGAAUGGACAGAGGAGUAUCUAUGCCUAACAUGUUGGAGCCAAAGAUUUUUCCAUAUGAAAUACUCAUGGUGACCAACAGAGGGCGAAAUAAAAUACUAAAAGAUGUAGACAGAACCAGGCUUGAGCGCCACUUAGCACCUGAAGUUUUUCAAGAAAUAUUUGGCAUGACGAUACAGGAGUUUGACAAGUUACCUCUCUGGAGACGCAACGACAUGAAGAAAAAAGCAAAACUCUUUUAAUCUCCCUUUAAACAAACCAACAAAAAAUGAUACAUGGGAUAUUGUAUUAUACAGUCCAAACUAUUUGGAAGCAACUACUUAUCCACCAAAAAGGGAAGAUCGCAUAGUGGCACCUCUGUACGCGGCAAUUGGACAAGAUGAACAUUUGCCCUCCUGGAACACAGGGAGAAAAUACCUGGGCUCAGAAACAACAAUGAUAUUUUUCAGAGGUGUUGACCUGUUACGUGAUAUUAUACAAGAUAGGAAACUGUUCUGUUCUUCUCCCUCGAUGAUAUUCCCUUUACUUCUCUCCACAAUAUGAUGGACUUUAUUGCUAGAGCCAGGAAGUGCCCUUAGGAUGCCUUGUAGACUAAAGUAGUUGUAACCACUCCAAGAACUGGAAAAGAAUAUAUAUAUAUAAAUAUAUAUAUAUAUAUGUAUGCGUGCCCGCGUGUGUGCGCACAUGUAUUUAUAUCUAUCCAUCUAUCUGUGUGUGCGUGUAUGUAUGUGUAUACAUGUGUGUAUAUAUGGAGAGGAAGACAGAUGCUCUGUAGUGAAGGAGAAGCCCUUUGUAGCGUAUCCACAUGGUCACGUUAAGUCUUUCACACAAUUAUUUCUUAAUUGGCACUCUUUUGAAAUGGCAUCUUCUUCACGUGAUACAAUCUGCAAAGGUGGGAGCUCUGCUCACUUUCAGUCCCUACCAGUUGAAUUUCUGGAAAAUGGACUUCUUGUAUAUAUUUGCUAGGAUGUAGGAAGUGAAUUGCUGUGUCUGUUGUCAGUCUUCCCUCUUCCACACUUUCUGCUUGAAUUAAUAAGGCUGGAGCUUAACCAGUCGUUUGAAUAAUUUAAGAUCACUUAAGUAAUGGGAAUGAUGGAGAAGAGUCAGUUUUCUUGUAAUUUAGUCCAGAAGAUGGGUGGAUGGGGGUGGGAGUGACAGAGUGAGAAAAUGCUUUUUUAAGUGUGCCCUGGUUCACACCCAGAGAUUUCGGGACAGACUCCCUGCUAGUGAUUUCUAGCACAGCUCAUCAGACUGCAGUGGAGUUGUAGGAUUUUACAUCAGCAGGGAAAUGGUUCUCUGCAAGCUAACACACAAAUGCAUCCCUCUGUGGGAGGAAUGUUUAUGAAUUACGAGGUACCAUCAAGGUGCCAUGCUCUGCCAAUAGAGGCUUUUUGAUUAAAUUGCAGUUGCUGUUGUCAAUAUGGCACAGUGCAUGGGGCCAAGCACUCUUUUUAGUUAAUGUAGUUUUUCACUUGUGCUUGGAAAAGAGGGCACAGACUUUUUUUUUUUUUUCUUCUUCUUCUCUUGAAGCGUCAAAGCUCCAGCCUUGGUUAUUUUUAUUUCCCUUUGUGCCUGACUUGGUUUUUGAAGACAGAGUAAUCAUGCAAGACAGUUUCUGAGCUGCAUUGAACUCCUUAUUGCUUUCAGUCUUCUUCCAAUAUGCUGCAGCUUAAAAAACUGCCUGUGUAUACCUUAACUGCUUCUGGGCAAGUCCUAUACAGAGGAGGACAUGAGCGCCAAAGUAACGGAAUGAAUGCAUCGUGGCUGCAAGGUCAGCUUUUCCUCUUCCUUGGUGCUUACCUGCCAGCGCAUACUGCACUAAUGAGCCCGUCUCCUGGCACGGGAGAGGGUCAUUUAGGUUCUGGGUCUGUCAAAGAAUAUCAAGGUUUCAUUUUUAAUGCAGAAACUUUCAGCACUGGAGACAUCAGAACCUUUGCAUUUUCAGUUAUAUGAGACAUUGAUGUUAAAAUCUGGAAGUCAGGAAGGGGAAACAGUCCCGUUUGGUUGUGAGAUUCAGUAUCACUGUGUUGAGUUCUAUCACCAGGUGGCAUUUCACCAGGAACUGUGCAGGACAGCCCAAAUCCUGCCUCUUCUUUGCUGGUUUAGGAAGUCCUGUUUUAACAGAUCACUGUGGUUCCUUUGAUAAAAUGGGAGGUGAAGAUUCAGCAUAUGAGAGACAGAUAGAAGGGGUCAGCACCUGCUCCAUGUCCCUAGAGCUAAGGGAACGGUGAGUCUGUGGGACAGGCUGGAGAAUGUGCCACCACACAGGGCUGGCAUCACAGUCCCCUUUGAACAGAAGUCCUUAGUGAACGCUGUGACACACACGAUUGUGAAUAAGCUCUUUGGACUUUACUGAGACUGCAAUGCAGCAAGCAUUGGUUCAACACGUUUUACUUCAUUUUUCAGAACAAGCAGAACACUGAGAAGUAAACGGGAAUGUUCGGGGCACUGGCAGUUUGAGAUGCAUUUUUGAGUGUCUGCUGAAACCAAAUCCAUAUGAUGAAAGAGCAGCAGUGUUUUACAGUCACAGGCUUUCUGAAUGCUGGAAUCUCAGAAAUUCAGUGUCACCUUCAAGGUGUGGCUUAACUUUGAGAUGAAAAUUUGAGUUUUAAUGAAUUUGAAGUGUUAAAAUUCUCCACAUCCUAUAGACAAUACUGUGCUGCCGCCUCUCAAACACAGUAGACGUUACGGGUCUUUUAGCCCAAGUCACCUUGACAAUAAACUGAAGACUUGCUGUCUCAAGGAUGUGAGCUGCCAGCCUGCAUUUUUCUAUGCCCAUCUCCAUUACUAUUGAACUUCUCACAGCAUAUAUGAAUACACUACCCAGUCAUUUCAGAAAUGACUAAGCCAGGUUGUUUUCUCUUCUCUCCCUCCUCUCCAAAAAAAAAAAAAAAAUUAAAGCCCCCCAGCCUCCUAACCAGUGAA